UACAAUGCACAUAUCCCAGAGAUUGGUUUGUCUGACUAGACUGAACGUGGAGAAGAAUGAAUAACAGGAACUGGUGGUUUGCAAUACAAAUCAAGAGCUUAUGUGACAUUGGAAGGUAGAGGAAGAGCUGCAUAUCCAGCUCAGACCUGGGCUGCUGUUAUCUGAAGAAGAGCUACUAAAAAAAAAUUCUCACACAAAAAAGAUCUAAGAGAAGACUCAAGAUACAGAAAAGAUGCAGCACAGAGUAAACAGCCCACCAGAUGGUGGCUACGGAUGGGUGGUGGUGGUGUCAGCCUUCAUAGUAAUGGGCCUCACCACUGCUGUCCUAAAGACCUUUGGUUUGUUCUUUGUUGAAAUUCAAAAGCACUUUGAUGAACUCGCAAGCACCACUUCCUGGAUUACAUCGGUAACUAUUGCCAUGUUUCACUUAGGAGCACCAGUAGCUAGCAGCCUGUGUGCAAGAUACACCCAUCGAGCAGUUGUGAUAAUUGGAGGACUCCUGGCUUUCUCAGGGAUGACACUGGGGUCUUUUGGUUUCAACACUAUCUGGAUGUAUACAACUACUGGCUUCCUACAAGGUCUUGGGAUUUCCUUUUCAUGGACACCAGCCAUUAGCAUUGUCAGCCAUUAUUUCUCUAACAGAAGGGCUUUGGCCAAUGCUGUUGCCAGUGCUGGGGAAUGUGCCUUUGCAUUCACCUUUGGCCCUUUUUUCAGUGGUUAAUUGGUCUAUAUGGGUGGAAAAGUGCUCUGUUGAUCAUCGGUGGCAUUCAACUCAAUAUAUGUGUCUGUGGAGCACUGAUGCGACCCCUGAAGAACCGUUGCAUUCUUGAAGCUAGGAGUUCUGAAGCUCAGAGACCAUCCGGCAAGGAUGUGCCUAAGGCUGGCAAGGAACAUGCAUCUCCCAACACACAAAAAACAUUCAACUGGAUGCUUGUGAAGAGAUUGGAGUUUAUGCUUUAUGCCAUUUUUGGUAUUUUAGCUGCUAUGAGUUUUUUCGUUCCCCCAUUAUUUUUGGUUCCACUUAGCUACAGUCUAAGGAUAGAUGAGUCUUGGACUGCAACUCUCCUGUCCAUUUUGGCUAUAGCGGACUUCAUGGGCAGGCUGUUGUGUGGCUGGUAUGCUAACCUCCACCUUACUAGGACUAUACACUUGCUGACAAUGACAGUUGUUCUGAUCAGCACGUCUUUGAUGUUAUUGCCACUGGCUAAUAAUUACCUGUCUCUGGCAAUAUUCACUGGCUUCUAUGGCUUUUUCUUUGGUGCGACAGUGUCCAUCCACAUCACAGUGCUGGCAGAAGUUGUGGGUAUGUCAGAUUUUGACAGUGCCUUGGGGCUCUUUAUGCUCAUUCGAAGCACUGGAGGUUUUCUGGGGCCUCCUCUUGCUGGUCUGAUUGUGGACAUGGCAGAAAAUUACAGCGCAGGGUUCUACAUAGCAGGAGCCACUCUCAUCAUAUCUAUUGUAUUUUUGGUCGUUAUAGAUCAACUCCAGCAGAAGAAAGAGCAAGAGAACAACACAGACACUAAACCAAAGAAGCAAAUCCUGCUAUUCCCUUCCCUUCAUUUCCUGAAACUUAAGACUGGAAAGUGUCAAGAACAAGAUAUGGGGGUGUGACUAUUGCUAUUUAUCUCUAAGAAAAUUUGAGGGCUUAUUUAAAUGUUUUAGUUUAAUACAUUCCAAAUCCCCCCCCCCCAAGGCUAUCGAAGUGGUGUUUACAAAUUUUUUGCUGAUAUUCUGUGUAGGGCUAUGCGAAAUUCAAAAAAAAAGUCACAACAAUUUGCCUGCAAAAAAACCCACAAAUUUUCACAUAUUUUAAUGUGAAAGUUGCAGUUUCAUCUGAACAAAAAUUCAAAUUUUGAAAUGAUAAAAUGUAUAUUUUUUAACCCAAAAGAUACAGUGUUUAGGUUGUUUUCUUUUUCUUUUUUGGGGGGAAGGGAGGAGGACAAAUGUGUAUCAUACACACAA